AUGGAUUUCGUUGAGAUUGUUCGAAUCAUUCAAGAAGGAAUUACAGCUGGCCUGCAACAGAAUGCUCGGGGUCCAACGGGUUUUACCCCUAACACUCCAUUCACGCCAAAGAUACUGUCAUAUCCCAUGCCCGACAGAUUCAAAUAUACUUGCAUGAAAGAGUAUGAUGGGACGACCGACCCAAUCAACCAUCUCAAUGUAUAUACUGAUGUCAUGAAUUUACAAGUUACGCCGGACCAGGUUAUGUGCAAAACCUUCCCGCAAAUGCUGAUUAAUGCGACUAGGGAUUGGUUCUCGACAUUGGAACCCAACUCUAUAGCCUCAUUCUCAGAUUUGGCUAAUAAGUUCUCGGCCUUCUUUGCAAGUAGCAAGCGAAUCAGAAAGACUGCGGCCUCUCUCAUGCAACUUUGCCAGGGACCAAGUGAAACCCUACGAGGAUUUAUGACGAGCUUUAACAAAGAAAGGCUUCAAAUAACUGACCUUCACAUCGCAGCGACUGUCUCCGCCCUCACUUAUGCCAUAAGAUGUGAAGCUUUCAAGAUAUCUUUAUCCAAGACCCCGUCGCAGACAGUGACCAAACUCCUCACCCGAGCUGAAAAAUACAUUAAUAUGGAGGAAAUACUGAAUCCAAGAAGACAUGGUCCUUCUCAUGAAAAGGCCGAGAACAAGAAGCAACAUGAUCCCGUUUCCCAGACAGAGUAUCCUCGGGAAAAAUGCAAGAAUGAAGGUCCCCCAGGGCCCCUCACCCGAUUAAACACCUCCAAGGCAAAUAUCUUAAUGUAG